CCCGUUGGUUGUCUAAUGCCCCCCCACAACUCCAGCCGCCAGUAUUUGGAGAAGGCGUGGUGCCAGACAGUAGCUCGUACAGAUGUCUCGGCCAAUGAGGGGCGCGCACAGCAGGUCACGUGUCCGUGGUGGGCGCUUUUGUUCGUUGCAGCUGAGAGCGCGCGUGGUAUUCAUCGGCAGAGACAGCUUCUGGAUAUCUGGUCCACACUUGCACUUUCAAUAAUGGCUGAAGCUGACAUUAAAGUGAAAGAGCUGGAGAAACGUGCCUCUGGUCAGGCAUUUGAGCUGAUCUUGAGCCCUCCAUCUACUGAUGCAGCUCCAGACCUAGCUAUUGCCUCUCCAAAGAAAAAGGAAUGCUCUCUGGAAGAAAUUCAGAAGAAGCUGGAAGCAGCAGAAGAAAGGCGCAAAUUACAUGAAGCUGAAAUCUUAAAACAGCUUGCUGAGAAGAGGGAGCAUGAGAAAGAAGUUCUGCAGAAAGCUAAAGAAGAAAACAAUAACUUCAGUAAGAUGGCUGAGGAAAAAUUAACUUCUAAAAUGGAAGCAAUUAAAGAAAAUAGGGAGGCCCAGAUAGCAGCAAAACUAGAGCGAUUGCGAGAAUUGGAGAAGAAAGGGGAAGAGAUCAGAAAGGGAAAAGAUGGCAAAGAUGAAGCUGAAAACUGAGUCCUGUCUGGGAAGGCUGCUCCAACAUUGCAAAGCUAAUCCCAUCAGUGUUCCCCUCUAUGUUUAGCAGCUGUAAUGAUGUAGACAGACAUAAUGCAUCAUAUUUGCUUGGCUAAUGAGGAAGCCUUUCACUUAUCCAGUCUUCUUACUGUGCCUGGUUACUGUUGUAUUGUACUGGUGUGGGGUUUUCUAGUAUUGUUAUACCAGUGUUCAGACUGUUACAUAAUGCACUUAAAUAUCAAUGGUUCUCUGUUUUGGACUUGUAAUAGUUUGUCUUAAUAAAAUAACUUGUUGGGAAAACA